GUAUCUAGAAAUUAUUUCCAAGUUUAAACAACUACUGCCAUAAUAACUGAUGUGUGGUUUGUAACACCAAAAUCUCUGUCGAUACCUGACCAUCUCUGGUGACAUCGGACCAUUUAGUGGCCAAGCAACCGGAAAUAGAAAGAACUCACAACCGAUGACGAUUUGACUCCACCUCACGAUACCAUUUAGCAACAGAUGAGCAGCGCUUCAUGUUCAUUUUGUCGGGCCAGAGUGAAGCACAGCCGCCGCCGUGGUUUCCUGAAGGAAUACUUCACUGUGUAAAUGUUUGUCGGGGUCGCGGUCCGUCCCUCCGUCCCUUGCACCGUAGCUGGCUGAAACCGUUAGCGGCUUCCUCAUCCAGAAACACCCCGCGUGAGUCAGUGCUGCUGCUAGUUUCUGCGGCUGUUUCGCUAUGGAUGUGCUGUGGAUGAUACCGCUGCUGCUGCUCAUGAUUAUUCCGCUCCUGAUGUGCACCAGCAGCACGUUUGUUUUUUAUUUCAAAAAGUUCUUUUACGUGGCCUGGAUGAUGGUCUUGGCCCUCAUCGCUAUACCUCUGUGCAUACUAAAGAGCGGAGGCAGAGACAUUGAAAACAUGAGGAUCAUCCGUUUCAUGGUUCGACACGUCAAGUAUUUGCUGGGUCUUCGAUUUGAAGUGAGCGGUUGGGAGCAUCUGCAGACCGAGGGUCCCUACGUUGUCAUCUCGAACCACCAGAGCUCCCUGGAUGUUUUGGGCUUGAUGGAGAUCCUACCAGACCGCUGCACCACAAUUGCUAAGAAGGAGCUGGUCUACGCCGGUACAGUGGGCCUCAUUUGCUGGCUGGGCGGGAUUGUCUUCAUCAACCGCAAGAAGACGAGUGAUGCCAAAAGCGUGAUGGCUGACGCCGCCAAAACCAUGUUGGACGACCAGAUUCGUCUGUGGGUAUUUCCAGAGGGAACUCGUAACCAAAAUGGCGACCUGCUGCCCUUCAAAAAGGGUGCUUUCCACCUGGCAGUGCAGGCACAAGUACCCAUCAUACCUGUCGUUUUCUCCUCCUACAGCAACUUCUAUCUACGGAAAGAAAAGCAGUUCAAAUCAGGAGUCAUCAGAUUGAAGAUCCUUCCAAAGAUUGAGACAAAGGGGAUGACUUCAGACGACGUGUCAUCCCUGUCUGACAAAUCCUUUGACCUGAUGCGUGCUGCCUUCCUGGACAUCUCUGACUCCAUAACCCGGAGCAACGGGCCCGUAAGGCACUGAACAUUGAUCUUCCACCCGCCUCCUGUUUUUUUUUCAGCCCCAUGUCUGAGACCCACCCCUCCCCAAGACCUCCCCACUCUCCGCCCCAGGUUGUCCCACCGCCUGGCCAGGAAACAACGUGACACAAGUCUUUUUGUGAUGAAAGCUCUUCAUGUCUAGUUGACGCCUGGUCCGGUCCACCUCUUGCCUGAGCACACAGCACAGUCAGUCCUGACCCUCACUGUCCCAGCAGCAGCAGCUGCUCUGCACUUUGUGAGCGGAAUGACGGACGGCGAGCCGAACAGUCUGGGUGUGUGUUGUUCAUGCAUGCCUUUCGGAUGGCUCUGUCCACCUUUCAUCCUUGCUUUGGAAAGCUCAGCUUUCUUAUUGUCUUACUUUAUCGCUGUUUUCUACUUUUCUUUGGCCUUUUAUCUUCACCUGCUUUUGUCUGUUUUGCCUUCUGUUUAGCAGAUAAAUUUUGCGGGGUUUUUUCUGAUCAUAAAUGUCAGUGGAUAUUUAUGUUUUCCUCUCAUGCUGCCUUGGUUUUAGUUCUCUUCGGAUGCUUAAACAGACAUACACAAAAUCAAAGUACCUCAUCUCCUUACUUCCUUUGCUUUUACUGUUUUUUCUGUUUCUCCCCUUUGAGCAUUCCAGUCUUUUGCCCAAAGACAAAAAUGAGUGCGGGUCUCCACAAAGUGUGGAGCGUGUGGAAGGAAAGGACACCCACGACUUUCUCUAGCUCUGUCGCUCUGGAUUGAACUCUAUAUCCACAUUGGCUCAUCAACCCAAUGACCAAUAGCUCCAUGACACGCUUCAUGAUGUCAGAAGGCAAGGAAUGCAAGAUACCGUGUAUAACAACAGCACCCAUCUGUACUGGAUUUAUGGACUCAAGCGAACUGAUCACUUCUCAGUGUGUCGUAUGUUGGUGUAUCACUGUACAUUCUUCCAGUUUGUCUCUCUCUCCAAAAAUGAAUUGAAGCAACCGGUCUGCAGCAUUGAGCACCAAGUGUCCUCCAGCAGUGCUCUGAACUCAAACUCUAAUUUCACACUCUUGCUUUGUUGUUGUUUUGUUUUUGUUUUUUUUUUUUUGUUUUUUUUCAGGAUCACCUUUUUGCUCCUACUCAUAUACAAAGUGUCAAAAGAAGUGAAUUCUUUAAGUGCAAUGUCCAAUUCUUUCAGCGUUACUACUGUUCCAAAGUGCGAGCUUCCUGCUGUGCCAUGACAAAGAUGUUUUGGGAGGUUUCCAAUGUGCGUGGGGUUUUUUUUUUUUUUUUUUUUAUAUAUUACUAUCUCAUUACGGUCUGCUUAACUGCCGGCCCAAUGAAAUGAUUUAAGGCAGUUCUUGCCAUAAACAAGAGGAGGAAACCUAUGAGAUGAUUUAGAUCUCUAGUAUUUGUUCAUUUAUUAGGAUUAAACCAAGGAAUCCCAAAGUACUAACAAACUCGAGGAUCUAAUGACUGAAAAUGUGUUAUAUUGAUUGGGUAUGAUGGGAAGCCCUGUUUUUGUUUUGUUUUUUAAAAUCCUAAGAAAAUAAGUUAUUAUAUUUAGUUGUGAUGUUCUGAUUAUUUAACCUCACUGGAGACUAUUAGAUUAUUUAAACAGAAAAAGUGCAAAAAUUUGGCCCAAAUUUUGAUUGUUGGCAUCGUUGGGUGAGUUUUGCUCGAAAUGGAUUUGUUUUAUGAUUUGUACUGAAAAUGUCUUCGGACCACUGACUGAACCGCUUUCAUUUACACCCAGGUCUUAGUUUCACUUCGCUCAGAGUACAGCCACAAAAAUCAUUAAUUCUUCCCAUCAAACAUACUCUGACAAUGUACCACAGCAUUCAGGACAUUUGUUUGUUACUAAUUGCAGCUUUUUUUUUUUUUUUUUUUUUAAAUGACUUUUGCUUUCUUUAUUAGAAGUGUGACGUUGCCUUGCAUGUACUUGGCAUCAAAUGUAGGUGAUUUAUUGGGCUGGGCACAAGGCAUUAGGCUUAGUCUAACCUUGUUGUGCUCACUGACCUCCUGAGAGCUCAUGUGAAUGGAUUUAUGGGUACGUUGGUAGUACGCCCUGCUACGUGCGUUGCUGUUCGUAGUUGAGUGCACUUACUUUUAGUGAGCCCUGCUUUGGUGACAUGUUAGAGUCGGAUUUCAGGCAAGUUCCAAAGCCAGUUUGGAUCAUAAGCCCUUACUAUUAAUCACUACUAAUAACUCACCAACCUGUUCUUUAUUAUCAUUAUUAUUAUUGUUAUUAUAUUUUUCUUUUAGUUUUUCUUUCUUUUUUUUUUUUUGUUUAUUAUCCUUUUUGUUUUGUUUUGGUUUUUUUUGAGGGGGGGGGGGGCUGUCUAAGACCAGUUUUCACCUUUGCAGCAGGUGUUUCGAAUGUUCAAAAAGCACUCUACCAAAUCGGUUUCUUUCCAAAAACUAUCUAUACCAUAUACAUUUAUUUAAUGGGGUGUGCUAUCCAUUUAUUCCCUGUUCAUUGUGUGUGUUGGGGGUGUUUUGUACAAGAGAUUGUGUGAUUUGUUAGCUUUGGCUAACAGGCUCUGCAACAGUCCUGCCUGUUUAAUUUCUUCCCUUUGUGUUUUUUUUUUUUUUUUAAAAUCUUUUGUCUUUUUUUUUUUUUUUCCCGUAGGGCCAUUGUUUACAAACUGAAUAUUUUCCAAUAUCUUACAUAUUAAAGUAUUCGUAAAGCACUUUUCAUGCCGAGUUCUGGUGGGCGAAAAUAAAAAAAGAUGUUUGUUUUCACCAAAGCUAUUAAAGUGUAAUUUAGAUGGAUAUGAGAAACAGAGCUGACAUCCUGCAGAGCCGUGUGUGUGCGUGUGGCCCUUUAUUGUAUGUGUGUGUGUAUAUAUGCACACAUGGUAUAGAUGCCCAUUAUAAGUAUCCGGUUAAUAUUUAAUGUAGUGUUCUUGAUUUCACAUAUUCUGGGUAAAUGUGAAUGCCUUGCAUAACAUUAAGUAAAUAAAUUCUUUUUUUUUUUUCUUUUUUUUCCUUUUCUUAAUUGGUCAUGUACUGAAAUGCCUGUCUUGCCCUCCUCUGGGACUCGUUUUAAAAUCAGCAGUGGAAAAGGUACUUACUGUAUGAGAGUCCGCAGUAAUGGCUUUAAUCUGGGGUUCGACAGAACUUAGUUUGUUCCAGCUGUUUCUAGAAGUUCUCAAAGUUCACCGCACACCAUCAGACCAGAUCCAUACAUAAGCAGCAAACUACGCUCCGACUUAAAGUUGGGGCAUAAAGACCUGGAGGUACUUUGUUUCUAUUUUCCCUUUCUGCUACUUCAUAUUAAUAUUCCACAUUAACUCUGCGACAUUUGACUGCAUGUUUGCAGACAUGUUGCACUGUGAAGCACAAAAAGCGUUCUGAGACCUAAAACAUUUAAUUUCAUGGAGCAAAAAGGGGGGGAAAAGACAUUGCAUUGAUGUACUUUUAGGAAUUAUGAAUUUUCUAGAAUGAUUUUCUGAUUCUAAAGCAAUGAUCCCAUUUAUCUACAGAAAACAAUCAUUGUACAAAACUGUAUCUAUGUAAAGCAUCAUUUCUCAUAAUGUGGACUGUAGAUAUAUUUUUUUUCAAAAUCC